AUGGGUCUUCUGAAAAGUGUUGAGAAAUUCAAGCCUCAAGCUGGUUACAGGUUUGCUACUUAUGCAUACUGGUGGAUAAGAGCUCUUUUAUUCAUGGAUAGAAGUGAAGUUCUAAUUCUUUAUACUGUUAAGAUAAAAACAAGAUCUAAAGAGGCAUUUCAAGAUUCAAAUUUAUCUUCUGUUACUGGACAGAGCCAAAUCGGAUUCAUUAGCAUUGAUUGUGGUUCACCUGAUCACUUAAGCUACGACGACCCCGAUACAGGCAUCAAAUACACCUCAGAUAAUUCCUUCAUAAACGCCGGCAAUUGCUAUUCUCUAAGAUCUAAUAGACCAAAGGGUAGUUUAAAUCUCCUCAGAGCUUCAUUCAUAUACGGAAACUAUGAUAAUCAAAGCAAACUCCCAGAAUUCGAUUUAUAUCUCGAUGUCAGUUAUUGGUUUACUGUUAAAUUCACAAGUUUUUCUGAAAUAGUCAUAACAGAGGUCAUAAGUGUUUCUCAAUCAGAUACAACUUAUGUUUGUCUUAUAAACAAGGGUCUAGGCACUCCUUUCAUCUCUUCUUUAGAGCUAAGGCCGUUAACCAGUUCCAUUUACAAUCUCGAAUUGGGUACGAAUGGGUUGUUAGUUCUUUUCAAUAGAUUCGACAUUGGAUAUACAAACGGAAGCGGUCGAUAUCAAGAUGAUACAUUCGAUCGUAUUUGGAAACCUUAUAGUUCUUCUCCUUCUUGGGAAACAUUCGCCAAUCCGAUCGAUAUCAAUGUUGUUGAAAAUGGCAAUAGAGCACCACAGGAAGUGAUCAGGUCGUUUGUGAAGCCUAAGAAUCCAAAUGGUUCUUUGGAAUUGUACUGGAAUGAAACGGAUGUUGGUUCUAAGUUUUAUGUUUAUUUAUACUUUGCUGAACUAGAACAACUGAGGAAUCAAUCGAGAGUAUUCAAUGUUUCUUGGAAUGGAAAGCAUCUAUUUGGACCCAUUUCUCCACGUUUUCGUUAUGCAGAAACAGCAUGGAGUUUAACAGGCUUAGUCGCGAAAGAGCAUCGAAUUUCUAUCUAUAGAACAGGAAACUCGACUCUCCCACCCAUUCUCAACGCGAUUGAAGUCUAUACUCUCAAACCGCUUCAAGGAUUACUAACAUACGAUCAAGAUUUUGAUGCGAUUACGAGGAUAAUGACAACAUACCAACUGACAAAAAAUUGGAUGGGCGAUCCUUAUGGGCCGCGAAAUUUUGUUUGGGAAGGACUGGAGUGCAGCUAUACUGAAAAAGCUCAACCUAAGAUCAUUUCACUAAACUUGUCGUCGAACAGCUUGACCGGAGUGAUAUCAACUUCCAUAGUGAACCUUACGUCAAUACAGAUAUUGGAUUUGUCGAAUAAUAGAUUGUCUGGAAGUAUACCCGAAUUCCUGGGGGAACUACAAUCACUGAGAAUUUUGAAUUUAAAGCACAACAUAUUGUUUGGACCUGUACCUACUAGUAUUCUUAUGAAAUCUAAGAAUGGAGGACUCAAACUCCUACCGGAGGAUCGUGCCGAAAAGAAUAAUUCAACGACUGCUAUAGUUGCAUCGGUUGCAUCUACAAUCGCAUUGGCUAUCAUUGUGAUCAUUAGUUUGUUGGCUUAUAGAAAAUGGAAAUCAGGUACUUAA